AUGAAGAAGGAGGAUGAGAGAGUGCAGAGGGAGAUGAGAGGUAGGAGAGAGAGAGAGAGUAGAGAGAGAAGGAGAGGAUUGUGAGGGGAGCUGUAGGGGAAUGUGUGUAAACCAGAGUGGGGUGAUUAGUGACUUUGUGUGGGGUAGUGCGAGCAUGGUGUGUAAGAUAGGAAGUCGUGACACAGUUGAGAGCCUGUGGGAAAAAAGCACAGCCGGUUUAUAGGUCGAAGGAAAAUUUCUGGGGUUGGGGUUUUUUGGGGGGGGGGGGGGGGGGGGGGGUUUUUUUCCCCCCAAAAUAAAAAAAACCCCCCCUAAAUUCCCAACCUUUAAAAACCCCCAAAAAACCCACCCCCCCAAUAUAGUUAAACCGUCCCACACAAAAACACCAAACACAACCCCCAAACCUACCAAACACCUUGUUUUGACCCCCCCACCCCCCCACCACCAAACCCCCAAGGGGGAUUUUAAGGGUUUUGAAGUUGAUUUGGGUUUUUUGGGCUUCCUUCUUACGGGGAUAUAAAAAAUUUGUUUGUUGUAUUUCCUGGGUGUGCCUUCCUUUUUUUCCCUUUUAACAGUUUCAUAAGGAAAACCCCAACUUUGGGGUUUUUUUCAAGGUGAGGGGAAGGGGGAAAAAACGGAACCGGAAAGGGGCAAGGGAAAGAAAAAGGAAAGGGGGAAAAAAGAAAGGAAAAGGGGAAUUUAGGGAUUCGGGGGCCCCAAAGUAAAGGGGGGAAAAAAUAAAAAAAGGGGGCCCCAAAAAAAAAGGGGGGGGGGGGGUUUCCCCUUUUUUUUUAGAGUGUAAUGUUGUUUGAGGGGGGUUGAGUAAAAUUUGUGACAACUUUUAGUGACUUUGUUGGGGUAUUGGGGAAUGCGUUUUUAAAUCGGGAAACGGAAAUACGCUGAGAACCAGAAGAACAUGGGGGACAAAAAAUCAAAGCGUGGUUAAAGGGGCUGUAUCGGGUAAACGGUUUUUUGUGUUUUUGGUUUUGGUUUUUGGGUGUGGUGUUUGUGUGUGUGUGGGGGGGGGGGGGGGGCUCUUUCAUUUCAUUUUUAUAAAAAACACCCCCCUCAGUUAUAAACAAAAUAUCUAUUUUUAAAUUUUAAUUUGUAUAAAUUUUCAAAAAUACAUAGUUGCUUCAAGCCAGAUAUCUUUUUUUAUGUCAUUGAAUUUAAUUUAUAAAAAACACUACAGGGAGGGGUUUGUUUGUUUAAAAAAGCUGAAUUGAGUUUAAAAAUUUAGUUUUGAUUUGUUGGUUUGUGUGUUGUGUGUGGUGGGGUUUUGUGUUAGGGGGAGAGAGAAGAGAGAGAGAGGGGGGGUGUAUGGGUAAACCCACUUCCCAUCUUUUUGGCCCCUUUCGAGCAAACCCCCCUUCUAUCAAAUGAAAUCUAAAAAUAAACUUUAAAAAAAAGAACCCCCCUGGUUUCCCCAAAUUACUUGAAUAACUACGGAAAAAAAUAAAAACCCUCCCCCCAAAAAAGCCCCUGUGGUGUUGAUGGUACCCUCAAAAAAUGAUAAAAUAUAAGACCACAAAUUUAAAUUAGCUAUUUUAAAAAUCUUAACACAUCCUUAGCUCUUGGCUUUUCCCCAAUAUUGGGAAACCAAGGACUGACCCCCCCCAAUAAAAAAGUGGAACAAAUUUGACCCCAAUACUCCGUGGAUAGCUCCGCAACCUUGGGAAAAUCCUCUGCAUUAUCAAACAGCAGAAGUUCAUUUCCUAGUGAAAACAUUACUGACCCAAAUGUAAAAUUGGUUUUUAAAACCAAAAUUCCCCGUACACAGACCACGUAUUCACCCUGCACCCCCCAAACGAAAAACAAACAAACCAAAACAAAGGAAAAUCUUUCGUGUUUUUGUUGUUUAAAAAAAAGCUUUUGCCCAAAUUGGCAUGAGGGUCUGCUAAAAAAAAAAAAAAAACAAAUUAUGAAAGGGGGGUUGGGGGAAAAAAAUCAACAUAAAAUCCAGUACAAAAAAAAACAAGGGGGGGGUUUAAAUUGGCAAAAAAAACCACCCCCAUUCUUUCCACAGGCCGGGGGGUAGACAGGGAUGAGUUUAACCCCACCCUUUUAAACAAAUAUAAACAAUUGGCGGGGCACUAGAACAGCCCCGGGGGCCCCCGGGCCUCACCCUACUAGAAUCUAAUCAAAGUUUUUCUUUUUUGCUGAUGAUCUGGUGUUCUGUCACCCCCAAGGGAGGGCCACAGCACACCUAAUCUUCUCAAGUUUUCGCAGACCGGGGCCGACAGUAAAUCUCAGUAAACAAAAAAAUGGGGUUUUCCCAAAAAAAGCCAGUUCCAGGGGCCACAAAUACAAAUUCCUCUAGACACCCUUGCCCCAAGCAAAAAAAAACUAUACAUACCCGGCCUAAACAUCAGCGCCACAGGUAAUUCCACAAACUUGAAAAAACUGAAGACAAGGCAAGAGGGCCUUCUAGCCCUCAAAAAAACAUACAAUUUGACAUCCCAAAUUUGGAUCUGGCUAAAAUACUGAAUCAGUUAUGAAAACCCUUUCCCUUUAGGUUUUGAGGUCUGGGGGCCGCUCACCAACAAAAAUUUCCAAAAAGGGACAAACACCAAAUUAGCUUGCAUGCAGAAUUUUGCAAAAAAAUCCCCCCUUUAAACGUAAAAAAAACCAAAUAAGCUGCAAGCAAAUUUGGCCAAAACCCCCUAAAAACAAAAUCCCGAAAAGAGCCGUUAAAAUUUUAAACCCUUAAAAGGAAAGGGGAUUCCCAAAACCCUUAUCAAAACCAUCCCCCAAGAGAGAUGAAACUUGAGAAAGUCCCUAAGUAAAACUUGUCCCGGGCCUCUGUUCAAAAACACAAACAAACCCCACCCACCCCAGGCAACAACAAAAACAAAAAAAUGACCCACCAAAACAUGAGAAAAAAAAAAGAGAAUUACUUUAAAUUGGAAAGAACAAACAAAAAAAAAGGGCAAACUAGUCAUUUUGGGCCCCAAAAAGAGAGUACCCCCAGUGGCAGAAUACCACCACUGUGACUGACCCAAACUUUAAAGGGAAACUUUACUAUGUAAGACUCGUGGCUAGCCUUGCUUGAGAAAGGCCGCCCUGGCAGACCGGGGCCCCAAAGGGACAGGUAGUGCACCUGCCCACAAAAAAUUUUUAACGAGCUGCACUUCCUAACCUCCUGCCAAAUUAGACAUAUUAGAGACACUAUUUCCCCCAAACAGCACCACAAAAUUUGAAAACAAACCCAAUUUUGAUAAACUCCCUUACUACUGGGUAAAAACCCAGUGUGCCUCACACGCCAGAUUUUUGACCUUUUUCCCAAGAAAAGGGGAACCAUAAGAACAAACACCAUUGAAAUAAACCCUAUUUAUGUUUAUUUUUUUCCCCUUUUACUUUAAAUAUUUGCACUGUUACAAAAACUGUAAAAUACAUAAUAUACAUUUUAAAUGUUUUAUUCUUUGAACUUCUGAGUGUAAUGUUUACUGUUUAAUUUUUUGUUUUUUUCACUUUUGUUUAUAUCUACUUUUACUUUCUUUGGCAAAAGUUAACACACGUUUCCCCUGCCAAAAAAGCCCUUUCAUUGAAAUUGAAUUGAAUUGAAUUGAGAGAGAGAGAGAGAGAGAAGGAGAGAGAGAGAGGAGAGAGAGAGAGAGGAGAGGCGAGAGAGAGAGAGAGAGGAGAGAGAGAGAGACAGAGACGGGAGAGCGGAGGGGAGAGACAGAGAGGAGACAGAGAGAGAGAGAGAGAGAGAGAGAGAGAGAGAGAGAGAGAGAGAACUCCCAUAUCUAUUGGGUGAAAUACCACAGUGUGCCAUCACAGCAGCAAGAUUUGUGACCUGUUGCCACAAGAAAAGGGCAACCAGUGAAGAACAAACACCAUUGUAAAUACAACCCAUAUUUACAGUGGGGAAAAAAAGUAUUUAGUCAGCCACCAAUUGUGCAAGUUCUCCCACUUAAAAGAUGAGAGAGGCCUGUAAUUUUCAUCAUAGGUACACGUCAACUAUGACAGACAAUUGAGAUAAGUAUUUAGUUCCUUUACACGGUACCCUGUCCUGUUUAUUCUGUUUAGCCUUAGCCCAAACGUUAUCGCUAUUUCCAGUUGUUGUCUUAGCUCUCUCUAAUAACACCUGUGACUGCUUAUGCCUCUCUCUCAUGUCAAUUAUGCCUUGCCUAUUGCUGUUUGGGUUAGUUCUUAUUAUACAAAUUUCACUGUAGAACCCCUAGUCCCUCUCAAACGGCCUCAAAUAGUUUCCUUUGUUCCCACCCCCCAUAACACGCCGAGACCGGCUCAAUCGUUGCCUCCAGUGACGCUAUCUCUUUCAUUGUUACCCAACGCUUAGGGUUUACCUGAACUGUACUCAUAUCCUUCCAUAUCCUUUUCUGUAAUAAUGCCCUGAAUCUUUUUCUACAACGCCCGGAGAACUGCCCCCUUUAUUCUAUGUACCCAACGCACUAGAAGACCAGUUCUUAAAGCCUUUAGGUCGUAUCCUUAUUCUAGUCCUCUCUGUUCCUCUGGUGAUGUAGAGGCUAAACCCAGGACCCUGCAGCCCCCAGUAUCACUCCUACUUCCCCAGGAGCUAUCAUUUGUUGACUUCUGUAACCCGUAAAAGUCUUGGUUUUCUGCACGUAAAUAUCAGAAGCCUCCUUCCUAGUUUGAGUUAUUCACUGCGUUAGCACACUACCCGCCAACCCUGAUGUUCUAGCAGUGUCUGAAUCCUGGCUUAGGAAGGCCACCAAAAAUUCUGAAAUAUGUUCCAUCCCCCAACUAUAACAUUUUCCGUCUAGAUAGAACUGCCAAAGGGGGUGGAGUUGCAAUCUACUGUAGAGAUAGCCUGCAGAGCUCUAUCAUACUAUCCAGGUCCCUGUGCCCAAACAGUUUGAGCUUCUACUUCUAAAAAUCCACCUUUCCAGAAAUAAAUCUCUCACUGUUUGCCGCUUGCUACAGACCCCCCUCAGCCCCCAGCUGUGGCCCUGGACACCAUAUGUGAAAUUGCAAUUGCCCCCCAUCUAUCCUCAGAGUUCGUACGGCUUGGUGACCUAAACUGGGAUAUGGCUUAACAACACCCCCGGCCAUCCUACAAUCUAAACUAGAUGCCCUCAAUCUCACACAAAUUAUCAACGAACCUACCAGGUACAACCCUAAAUCCGUAAACAUGGGUACCCUCAUAGAUAUCAUCCUGACUAACUUACCCUCUAAAAUACACCUCCGCUGUCUUCAAACCAGAUCUCAACGAUCACUGCCUUAUUGCCUGCGUCCGUAACGGGUCCGCGGUCAAACGACCACCCCUCAUCACUGUCAAACGCUCCCAAAAAAACACUUCAGCGAGCAGGCCUUCCUAAUUGACCUGGCCCAGGUAUCCUGGAUGGAUAUAGAUCUCAUUCCGUCAGUAGAGGAUGCCUGGUUGUUCUUUAAAAGUAAUUUCCUCUCAAUCUUAAAUAACAUGCCCCAUUUCAAAAAAUACAGAACUAAGAACAGAUAUAGCCCCUGGUUCUCCUCAGACUUGACUGCCCUUGACCAGCACAAAAACAUCCUGUGGCAUACUGCAUUAGCAUCAAAUAGCCCCCGCAAUAUGCAACUUUUCAGGGAAGUUAGGAACCAAUAUACACAAAGCAGUUUAGGAAAGCAAAGGCUAACUUUUCAAACAGAAAUUGCUUCCUGUAGCACUAACUCCAAAAAGUUUUGGGACACUGUAAGUCCAUGGAAAAUAAGAGCACUUCCUCCCAGCUGCCCACUGCACUGAGGCUAGGAAACACUAUCACCACCCGAUAAAUCUACAAUAAUCGAGAAUUUCAACAAGCAUUUUGCUACGGCUGGCCAUGCUUUCCACCUGGCUACCACUACCCUGGGCCACCAGCUCUGCACCCUCCGCUGGCAACUUGCCCAUGCCCCCCCCCGCUUCUCCUUCACACAAAUCCAAACAGCUGAUGUUUCUGAAAGAGCUGCAAAAUCUGGACCCCUACAAAUCUUCUGUGCUAGACAAUCUGGACCCUUUCUUUCUAAAACUAGCCGCCGAAAUUGUCGCAAACCCCUAUUACUAGCCUGUUCAAACCUCUCUUUCGUAACGUCUGAGAUCCCCAGAGAUUGGAAAGCUGCCGCGGUCAUCCCCCUCUUCAAAGGGGGUGACACUCUAGAUCCAAACUGUUACAGACCCAUAUCCAUCCUGCCCUGCCUUUCAAAAGUUUUUUGAAAGCCAAGUCAACAAACAGAUCACCGACCAUUUCGAAUCCCACCCGUACCUUCUCCGCUAUGCAAUCCGGUUUCCGAGCUGGGUCAUGGGUGCACUUCAGCCACGCUCAAGGUCCUAUAGUAUCGAGUAAAUGCUGGCAAUUAUGCUGAUAAACAAAGGAGUUCCGCUCAUACUGAACUUGAUCAUAAGUUUAUUCAUAUCACAAGCUUUCUUCAGCAUGAGUUACAGGUGUCAAGAUCACCCGGAGAACGGCAUCAACCCCCGAAUUGCAAUGGCCGCUCUAACCCUUCUUUCUUCGCUUUUGACCCAGUAUAUAUAAUCUUCCCAAGAUGUGGGUGGCUCCCCUCUACUGUCCAAUCCCUGUCUACAACACACACUUCCUGUCUGUUGUAUGUGGCGUUACACUAAAACAUUCCCUCUUGAUACUAAAAUAAACAUCCUCAAAGGUUCCACUUAAACCCAUUAAGAAAGUCAUAAUCUUAAUACACUACAUAUCCCCCCCUUCGAGACGAACUAAAGUCUCGAAAACAAACAGAAUAGGAUUAUGACAAGUAACAAUUUAAUCUUAUUGAGUACCAAAAACAUUAUUCUCUAGAGUGUAAAUACUUUCCAUGAAAUAUGAAUAAAUGUUUAUGAAGUGUGAAUACAUUACUAUGAAAUAUGAACAAAUCUUUAUGGAGUGUGAGAGCGAAAAACUGUCUGGCAGCCUUCUUUAUCAAUCAAGACAGUAAAAUUCUCUCACGGUCCCCUCUGUCCCAGGCAACCACCUAGGUACUACUCCCGAUGAUUCAUAAAUCUUUAUCAAUGCAUUUGAACUAUGAUGCAAUUAAAUACACAUGAAAGCCCCUGCAAACAAAAUACUAUCCAAAAAAUGUCCACUCUCAGGCUGGUCGACCCAUCGGACCCUAUAGUGGACCUCUAUCCCUGCCUAGACUUCCCUGUCCCCUAAGCAUUCCACGAAAAUAAACAAAAACAUCUAAGAUCCCCCACAUGUAUCCAAUAACAUCAAAUAUCAUUCUACAAAAAAUUAAUACCUAAGAAUAUGACACAAAUUAUGUAUUACACAUGCAAAUAUGUCUAUAUUUCAUUGCAGACACUGGAAUGUAGUUCACUACACUUCAUCUCCCCCGUAGUCUCCUCUUCCAAGCAAUCGUUGAUGAUGGAAUCGGAAGCUUUCCACACCUUCCCUGUUCCAUCUCCUCCAGUCAUUCUCCUUUCAAUAUUGUCCCUUCAUAUUGUCCUUGUUUGAGUAUUUCAAUCUCUACAUAUUCCCCCAAAUGCUUAUGGAAGAAAAGAAAAGACCAAACAGUAUCUUUUUGCAAAACAACACUUUCAAAUUAAACAUCAAUAUCAACUAAGAAUAUAAAAAUUAUAUAUAAUGAUGUAUGAAUCACAUCAUCCGAUUUCCCCCAUUUGAUUCAUAACAUCAUACUAAAAUCACACUAAUAUUGAAAAAAAAUUUUUUUUGAAAAAUGAUCAAAUAAUCAAAAAGGAUAUUUAUCAUCAAUACUCCAUCCAGUCCCACUUGUCCAUCUUCAUCCAGAUCAGGAACAUCAACACGGCAUCUGAGUGUUUGUCUCCAGGCAUCACAACUCCAACCUAUCUCAAUAUCAUAGCUUUCUCAAAGGUCAGUAACAAAUUACAAAAGAAAAAACAUCACACACAGUGCUAUCAAAACUGCCAUUAAAUAUAAUCCAUCACUGCUCCCACUGGGCCUAACUGAUCUUGCAACCAAGACUUCGCUGACCAUCCAGCUCCUUCAGAUCUACCAAAUGCAUCCCUUAUAUUCUUCAAUGCAUAUAUAACUAUCUGGAAUCAAAGUAUAGGUAAUAUUAUCAAUAUGAUCUGCCAAAAAUGUACAUACAACCAUACCAUGGAAAAAGUCCCCCCCCUUCUCUCUUAGACUUAUCCUCCAAUGAUAGGCUUCAAGACUAUGACAUGUCGCCAUGUCCCUUUUCACCCUACUUCCAAACCUAGAUUCAGAUGUAUCUGUGUCCGGUGCUACCCCCUCUUUUAAUGGUAGAAACCUCAUAUGGAAGCUUCAACGUUGACAUGUAACAACAUCCUGUCCAUCCAUAGGGUAAGAAUAUAUAUGCUUUAUCACCACAAACCCUCCAAAUAUCUCUAAAAUUCCCAAUAGUCACAUUGUCAGGACAAGCUAAUCUUUUAACCAUCAAAGUCCUGCUCUUCUUACUAACUGGAACAUAAAAAGUAACAUUAUAUUUCUCAUUACUACCUUAUGUUAAUGCUUACCCAAAGUCAUCUAUAAUCAUCACAAUCUGAUAUUCCCAUAAACAUACCCCUUACAUCAUAUGUUUUAUUAGAACAAAACAACUUUUUAGCCCUCAAUGGUUUCACCUCCAAUGCAUCAGGGUUCGCUGUUACCUGAUUUCCUUUCCCAUUAAAAAUUCAUGGAAAUUCAUUUAACCAAGAAAUUUAAAACUAGCUUAAAAAAAUGUUUAAAAAGACAUUAUUUUAUCGUUCUGGAAUUUCCAAAGAUGGCCCCUAAAGUUUCCAAAAUUCUUACAGAAUGAGUGCUGUAAAACCAAAGAUUCCAUCCCCUCCAUCUUUAAAUUUUCACAACAGAAAAUCAAACCCUAUCCCUUUCCAUUAUUUUCUUCUUCCUAACGGCGGUAUGAUUAAAUACCUUCCUGUUGUCUAAAAUAAAGGGACCUAUCCGACCCCCCAAUGAUAGAUCCUUCACAUUCGAUGAACUAAUUUUUCUACCACUAUCUGCUUCCAUUUAACCCUACCCUUUACUACCAUGACAGCACUCUCCUCCGAUUUUUCAGAAAAGUUUUUGUUUGUUGUUCCUAUUUCCCACUUUUGUUUUGCCGUGUACCAUUACCCCUUCCAAAUUACCUUUAAAGUAGUUGUUUUAUUGAUGUUAUUAAAACCCUUAACUACUUCUGGGGGAAAGUACCGAUAUCCUCUGUGUUUAUUUAUGUUGGGGACUUUUAAAAUUUAUUUCUCUGAACCCUUCGGUGACUGGAAGCUUAAAAGUUUUAAAAUUUUUCCUUUAAAAAAGCGCACUUUAGAAUUUUACAAGCCUUUUAACCAAAUAUUCUAACCAAAACAAAUUUUAAUGCUUGCAAGAUAAGUAACAUAUAUUCCCCCUGAUCUUUCUCUGACAUUAGCAAAAAAAUGAAAAAACACCUAACCUCUUCCACUUCAAUCUGUACAAAAAUACUUUUUCCCUUUUAUAGGUGCAAAUUCUCUUUUGGUCCUGAUAACAAUAUUCUUUUCCAAAUUUUCUCUCCCUUGGAGGAAGUCCCAUCCUAACCAAAACAGUUUUUUUCCCCCAAAAUUUGGUGCGGGGGCUAUUUGGGUUUUUGUAAAAAAAAUCGAUAUUUUAUGGCUUCAAUAAUAUCAAAGUGAAAGGUUAAUUUUUCUCAUGUUGUUUUAAAAGCGGUGUUAAUGUCAUGUUGUUUUUCUCUAUUUUCCCUAAGAAAUUUUUUUAAAUUUAUUUAUUUCCCCUAUCCCCUUUCUUUUUUUUUUACCUCAUCCCCCCUCAACCCUAUUUAAAAAUUUUAUUAAAAAAUCCCCCAAAAAAUUGUUUUCCCUAUUAAUUAAAACAACCCUAAUUUCUUUAAUUCACAACCAACUUUUCCAAAACUUCCAAAAAACUAAAUCCCCCAUUCUUCUCCCACAAACUUUGAACUUAAAGUUUCUUCUUUAUCCCUUAAAAAAAAGUUUUUUGGAUUUUUAAUUUGUUUCCUAACCUUUUUUAAUCUAAUCUUUUCUCCUCCUUUUUAAAAACCCUUUUUCCCCGAUUUAUUUACCCAAAACCCCCCCAAAUUUUGAAAAGGGGGAAAUCCCCCUUCUGACCUUCAAAGACUUAAAAACCUCCCCGCCCAGUUCUUGGUGACAAGUAACCCCCCGGGCACCCCUUUUUUUUUUUUUUGACAUAUAGCCCUUGGUUCCCCCCUUUUUAAAUUUUAAUAAAAAAAAAAAAAAAAAAAAAUAAAAAAAAAAUAAUAUUAAAAAAAAAAAAAUUUUUAAAAAAUGUUUAAAAAAAAUUUAAAAAAAAAAAAAAAAAAUCAAAUUUAAAAAAAAAAAAAUUAAAAAAAAUUUUUUUUUAAAAAAUUUUUUUAUUCAUUUCCUAUUUUUUUUACCAAACAUUGGGGUUUUCUUACCAAACCCAUAAAAAAAUGGAGUAAAAAAACCCCAAAAUUUUUUUAAAGCCCCAAUAUUUUUUAAAUUUUCAAAAAUUUUAUACCAUUUCCCCCCCCAAAACCAAAAAAAUUAAGAAAUCCCAAAAGCAAUUUUAAAAUCUAUUUUAACCUUGGAAAUUUGUAAACUCCCAAACCUGUGGGGUUUGUAAAAAAACGUACCAAAACCUUUUACCCCCCUUUAUCUAAGCCCCUCUUCUUCCUUUUUUCCUUCUUACACCCCCCCCAAAGACAAAAAAAAGAAAAAACAAGAAUUAAAAUUUUAACAUUCAAUUUUUCCAGCAUUAAAUCCGACAUUCCCCUUUUAAAAAAUAAAAAUUAAAUAUUUUAAAUUUUAUUUUUAAUUUAAAAUUUUUUUUUUUAAAUUCAAUUCCCCAAAAUUUUUAAAGGGCAAAAAAAGCUCUUUCCCAAAGGGGGUGAAAAGAGAAGGAAAAACCCCCGGGGCCGCCCCCCGCGGAAGAAGUAGGGAAAAAAACCCCUUUUUAGGGGUUUUUUAAAAAACCCCCCGGGAAGGGGAAAUAAAAAAGGGGUUUAAAUUGGGUAAAAUUUUGAAAAAAGGAGAAAAUCAAAUGUUGUUUUAGUAAAAAAAAUGGCCUAAUUUUUCCCCGUUUUUAAACCCGGGGGGGGGAAAAUUUUUACCCUACCAAAUGAAAUUAAAAAUUCAAAAUUUUUUUCUUAGUAAACCCAUUUUAAAAACCCAACCUGAAGAAUUCUACCCCAAAAACAAAAAAACAUGCGGCCCCUGGGAAUUGAUUUACAGCCCUUUACUUUUCCCUUUCAUUGCAACUAAAGGGGGAAAAAGUAAAAAAGAAAUUGUUUUUUUGUUAUUCUACGUUUAAUGCCCUGGUAAGGGCCCAAAAAAUUUUAAACUUCCUCGAAAAUGGCUCCCCUCUAAUUCCCCAACCCCCUAAGCUGACAAAAAAAAACAAGCUUAGGGAAAUUUUCCCACCGGGUGCCCCCUUUUUACAAAAAAAUUUGCCAAAAAAUUUUCGUUUAAAUUUCCUUUAAAUUCUUUUUACCCCAAUCUCCCCAAAAUACUAAUGUUUCCAAAAUUAAAACCACCUCCCCCCUUUUUUACGCUACCCACAAAGUUUAUUGAUUAGCCCCCCCACCCAUGCAAAAAAAAGAUUCUCCCAAGUAAAAUUCUCCUUUAAAAAUCUCCCUAAAACUCCCCCGCUAAAAAAAAACCUUUGGGGGGAAAACAAAAAUUCUUGGGGGGGGUAAGGAAAAAAAAAAAAGAUUUUCAGCCCCUUCUAGCCAUUUAGACAAAAAAUUCAAAUUCUAUUUAAAAAAAGGAUCCCUCAAACUAACCUUUAAAAUUUUUUUAUCCAAAUUUUCAUAUUUUUCAGGGUAGUUUCCCCCGGGAAGGCCCCCCCCCGCAAGGGCUCUCCCUUUUUUUGCCCUUUUUUUCCCCAAUUAAUUUCCCAAAGGGGGGUCCCUCUAUGCCAAAACCCCGUUCAAAACAACUUUUUGCCUUUUUUUUACGGGUUCCCAAAUUCCCCGAACAAAAAAACCCUUCCCAAAGGGUUCCACUUAAACCUUAAAAAAUUAACUUAAAAAACCCUCCAAGAAUUUUCCCCUCUAAAGCAUCGUCACCCCUUUUUUGCCCGGAAGGCUUUUUACUUUAAAAAACCCUUUUUUCAAAAAAAACCCGGUUUCUAAAAAGGGCCUUUCCCACAUUUCAAAAAGUUAUGAAACGGGGGGUGGUCGGCCAGGGGUUUUUUUUCCCCAAGGUUUUUUGGGGGACUUUUUUUCCGGUUUUAAAAAACUGUUCUUGUGCUCCCGUCCCCCCACCCAGAACCCUUUUUUAAACGGGGGCCUUUUUGCCUAUGUUUAAAAAACGGGUUAAUAUCCCACUUUUCUGUCCCAAUGCUCUUCCUUAAAAAAAUCCCUUUAACCCAACCUUUGGUUCACCCCCAUGAAUAUUUCCAUCACAGAUAUUGCAACCAAAUUUUUGGUUUUUAACUGUAAAAAUUUUAACCACAUGAAUCUUCAAAGAAAAACUGAACGGCCAUUUCCACCCCCCCCACCCCACCCCCCUAAAACGCUUCCUUACCCCUCCAUUCGGGGUUUUUCAAAAUCCCCCCCCCAUCACAAAGGGUAGCUUUAAGGAAUCCGUUUUUUUCCAAACCCCAACGGGGAAAAAAAAUUUGCACACCUUGUAAAACUACUUUAAAAAAAAAAGGGGGGGUAAUUUUUAAUAGGCCGCAAAAUUACAGAACAAUUUAAUUUUUUUUUCCAGAAAAUCACAUUGUAGGAUUUUUAAUGAAUUUAUUUGCAAAUUAUGGUGGAAAAUAAUUAAUUUAAUUUAAUCAAUUUUAGAAUAAGGUUGUAACGUAUCCUGAACAAAUAUAUAAACACAACAUGUAAAGUGUUGGUUCCAUUUUUCAUGAGCUGAAAUAAAAGAUCAGAGAAAUAUUCCAUAACGCACAAAAAGCUUAUUUCUCUAAAAUGUUGUGCACAAAUGUAUUUACAUCCCUGUUAGUCAGCAUUUCUCAUUUGCCAAGAUAAUCCAUCCACCUGACAGAUGUGGCAUAUCAAGAAGCUGAUUAAUCAGUAUGAUCAUUACACAGGUGCACCUUGUCUGUCACACAACACAAUGCCACAGAUGUCUCAAGUUUUGAGGGAGUGGGCAAUUGGCAUGCUGACUGCAGGAAUGUCCAACAGAGCUGUUGCCAGAUAAUUUAAUGUUCAUUUCUCUACCAUAAGCCGCAUCCAACGUCAUUUUAGAGAAUUUGGCAGUACAUCCAACCGGCCUAAAAACCGCAGACCACGUGUAACCACGCCAGCCCAGGACCUCCACAUCCGGCUUCUUCACCUGCAGCAUCGUCUGAGACCAGCCACCCGGAUAGCUGAUGAAACUAAUGAGUAUUUCUGUCUGUAAUAAAGACCUUUUGUGGCGAAAAACUCAUUCUGAUUGGCUGGGCUUGGCUCCCCAGAGGGUGGACCUGGCUCCCAAGUGGGUGGGCCUAUGCCCUCCCUGGCCCACCCAUGGCUGCGACCCUGCCCAGUCGUGAAGUCCAUAGAUUAGGGCCUAACAAAUGUAUUUCAAAUGACUGAUUUCCUUCUACGAAGUGUAAUUCAGUCAAAUCUUUGAAAUUGUUGAAUGUUGCGUUUAUAUUUUUGUUCAGUAUAUAUAUAGUUUAUUUCCUAAUCGCAAUCAAUCAAUCACUCUAAUCUUAAUUCCAACUCUCAGAUGUCCACAGGCUAACCCAUCUUUCCCAGUACACUACCAUUUUACUAAUUCCUUUUACAAUACAUCCUUCUAUUUUACUGUGAAGUCUUAUGAUGGUCUUGAACUUCUCCAUUUGGGCCAUUUCUACAGAGAUUGCCCUAAAAAUAAAUACUUUACCUAAGAGUAUAAUCAUAUUUCCCAUUGAUUGAUCGUGGGAUACACCGGAUAGGGGCAGUAAUGUGUUGUUUUACAGGGUCAGCCAUAAGUGGUACGGCGCCCCUGGAGAAAAUUAGGGUUCAGUGCCUUGCUCAAGGGCACAUCGACAGCUUUUCACAUAGUCGGCUCGGGUAUUCGAACCAGCGACCAUUAGGGCAUGUGACAUUUGGUGUAUGUGUGUGUUACUUUAGUCUCUCUCUUUAUUCCUGUCACUCUCCUCUCUUCACCCUCUCUCUCUAUCUCUCCAUCCCUCUCUCUCUCCUCUCUUCACCCUCUCUCUCUAUCUCUCCAUCUCUCUCUCUCUCCUCUCUUCACCCUCUCUCUCUAUCUCUCCACCCUCUCUCUCUCCUCUCUUCACCCUCUCUCUCUAUCUCUCCAUCCCUCUCUCUCUCCUCUCUUCACCCUCUCUCUCUAUCUCUCCAUCCCUCUCUCUCUCCUCUCUUCACCCUCUCUCUCUAUCUCUCCAUCCCUCUCGCUCUCCUCUCUUCACCCUCUCUCUCUAUCUCUCCAUCCCUCUCUCUCUCCUCUCCUCUCUUCACCCUCUCUCUCUAUCUCUCCAUCCCUCUCUCUCUCCUCUCUUCACCCUCUCUCUCACUCUCUCCAUCCCCCUCUCUCUCUACCUCUCCAUCCCCUUCUCUCACUCUCUCCAUCCCUUCAUAGAUGCUCUCCUCCCUUCUCACUCUAUCUAUCCCCCUCUUCAUCCCCUCCAUGGACGAGAGCUGUAGCUCCAUCCUUCCAUAGAUGAGUCUCUCUCCUCCCUGCUCAUUUUAUCUCACUCUAUCCAUCCCUCUCUCCAUCCCCCCCCAAUAGAGGAGAGCUGUAGCUCCACUGUGACAGAGGAGUCGUGUGUCUACUACCAGACUGAGAUCUUUGACCAGCUCCCCAGCUCUCUGGCCCGACGGACCCACCACCACCAGGACAGGGGGACCACGGAGACAUCGCACCCAGUAGAGAUGCACCCUGGCCAGGCAGGAGGAGCCAGGGACAGGGCCCCUACCCAGCCGAUCAGGAGCCUGCCGGUCUGUAUGCAGGGGAAGAGAGAGGCAAGGUGAGUGAUAGAGAGGUUGUGUGGAGAGAUCACAUGAACGUACACACACUCACUCACACACACACACACACACACACACACACACACACAGGUGUCGCACACACGUGCAAAUAUUCACCAAACUGUUUCCAGUGUUGCAAGUUGCUUUACCGUUCUCUGUUUCAGUGUUUAUGUUAUCAUAGCAGGUAGAGUGAGAGAGUCGGGUGUGUGUGGAUAUGGAUGUGUGACGCAGCUGUAA